AUGCUGAUGCCCAAGAACCAGAUUGUUAUCUAUGAUCUCCUCUUCAAGGACGGAGUGAUGGUGGCCAAGAAGGGUGUCCACAUGCCCAAGCACCGGAAGCUGUCAGACAAGAGCAUACCCAGCUUGCACGUCAUGAAGGCCAUGCAGUCCCUCAAGUCCCAAGGCUACAGGAAGGACCAGUUUGCCUGGAGACACUUCGUCUGGUACCUCCCCAACAAGGUUACCCAGUAUCUCCACGAUUACCUGCACCUGCCGCCCGAGAUUGUGCCCACCACCCUGCACCGCAGCCAGCCAGAGACUGACAGGCCUUGGCCCAAAGGCCUGGAGGGAGAGCCAUCUGACGGGCUCACACAAGGAGAAGCCAGCAGAGACACAGAUGGAGUGCUGUGCCCUCCGGGUGCUGACAAGAAAGCCGAGGAUGGGGCUGGGUCAGCAACUGAGUUCCAGGUUAGAGCUGGAUUUGGUCGUGGACGUGGGCAGCCAACUCAGUAUAUUUGGAGGAGGAAAUUAUUUUGUGUUAAAUAAAUGUAUAGCCACACACAA